GAGGAGGGAAUGAGAAAGCUCCUGCAUGAACUGUGGGGUGCAGAGAGCAACUGAGGGACCAACCCUGGCUGCUGGUACCCGGCGCACCUCCCUGCACCACCCUCGGCAUCCCCCUGCUUUUAAUAACGCUGGCCAUUAUCCAUCAGCAGAGGUAAUGAGCUGGAGAGCAGGAAGCAUUGUAUCUGGGCUGAGCAUGCAAGCCUCGCACAAAAGAGUUUACGGGGGGUAAUGUUUUUAUUAUUACAGUCCUUGGCGAACCAUUCUGCAUCGCAAGCACUUCUUCUUUGCUAUUUAAUAAUUAAUAAUUAACCAGCAGAGGCCGUUUGAAGACUCUGGUGCGGUGAUGUCUGAUUCCAUAGGUGGGUCAUUUUCAGCUUCCUCACACCGAUGCCACCAUAAGCAGAAGCACUGUCUCCCCAUCCCACAGUGUGGAGCUCUGUCCAUUAGCCCUCUGCUUUUCCAUCCUCACACGAAGGGAUCCCAGAUCAUCAUGGACACGACACAGAAGGCAGUGAAGCGCCAGGCUAGCUUCUGCAAUGCCAUUACCUUCAGCAACAGGCCCAUCGUUAUUUAUGAACAAGUCAGGCUUAAGAUCACUAAAAAGCAGUGUUGCUGGAGUGGGGCUCUUCGACUCGGGUUUACUUCCAAGGAUCCAUCGAGGAUUAACCCUGACACUCUGCCGAAGUAUGCGUGCCCCGACUUGGUUUCCCAAAGCGGUUUUUGGGCCAAGGCUCUGCCAGAAGAGUUUGCGAACGAGGGAAACAUCAUAGCCUUCUGGGUGGACAAGAAGGGACGGGUUUUCUAUCGGGUGAACGACUCUGCUGCGAUGCUCUUCUUCAGUGGGGUGAGGACAGCAGAGCCCCUCUGGGCUUUGAUUGAUGUCUACGGACUCACCCGUGGAGUACAGCUCUUAGACAGUGAAAUCAUUCCUCCCGACUGCCUGCGGCCCCGCUCCUUCACUGCCAUCCGCCGGCCCUCGCUGCGGCGGGAGACGGAGGACACACGCCUCUCGGUCAGCCUGUGCGACCUCAACCUGCAGGAGGAGACCUUCCACAUGAUGGCCACCACAUGUCCCAUCCCACAGAACUCCCUCAACUCCCAGCACUCCCACCUCCUCCCCUCCCAGCUGGAGAGCGACCUCCGCUUCCACCACCUCCGGGGACCCCAUGUCAAAAUCCUCGAUGACCAAACCGUGGCCCGUCUGGAGCAUGCCCGGGAGGAGAGGACUUUGGUUUUCACCAGCAGACCCCUUCGGAUCAACGAAACCAUUUUUGUCAAAAUCAACAAGUCCAAUGCCGUGCGCACGGGGACGCUGUCCUACGGGGUAACGUCCUGUGACCCCAGCACCUUGCGCCCCAGUGACCUCCCCUAUAACCCCGAGUCCUUGGUCGACCGAAAGGAGUUCUGGGCCAUCUGCCGAGUUGUGGUGCCCCUCCAGAGCGGAGACAUCCUGGGAUUUAUGGUGAAUUCAGAUGGUGAGCUGCACUUGAGCCACAACGGUGCUGGCACUGGCAUGCAAGUCUGCGUGGACUGUUCCCAGCCCCUCUGGAUGUUCUUCGUUUUACAUGGUGCAGUCACACAAAUUCGGCUGUUGGGUUCCACCAUAUUAGCCGAACGGCUGGGGCUGUCCACACCAAGCUCGCCCGCAUCGACACCCAAUUCCCCCACCGUACUCUGCAGCGGUGUCUCUGACCCCAUAUUGUCUACGUGUGGCUCUGGCCCCCUCUGCAGCUCUAUCAGUGGCACAGCUCCCAACUCUCCCAUCAGCUUGCCUGAGUCACCCAUCGCCCCGUCCGUCUCAGGGCCCUGGGGAGAUGAAUGCACCAUCUGCUAUGAGAACAUGGUAGACACAGUCAUUUACUCCUGUGGACACAUGUGUCUCUGCUAUUCGUGUGGGCUGAAGCUCAAGAAGAUGGCCAAUGCUUGCUGCCCCAUUUGCAGACGGGCCAUCAAAGAUAUCAUCAAAACAUACCGCAGCACUUAGAGCAGCAGCAGAUGCUGUGGUGGGGACUGGGCAGGUGGGGAGGAUGCUGUGAAACAACACAGGUCUUGGUCUCUAUUCAUCAGCCAGGAGAUUCAAAAACCAUCACCCACCACCACCCUGAUCCCCUCUUCCAUGGACAACAGCUGAGACAAGUUUAGACGCUGCUUUUCUACCCUCUGAGCAAGACCUGGGGCUGAACUCCAGUGUGUCGGGGAAGUUGUGAUGGACUACCCUCCCCUGUGAAUUUUAAACUUUAUCUCAAAAAAACCCCAAACAAACCACAAAACCAAAACAAACGAGGUGGCGCAAUCAUCCCUUUUCUACACCAUGCACAGCGGAGGGGAAUCUCCAAUGUUUAGCAGGAACAGCAAGCAGUAAAACUUUCAGUGCUACACAUCUCCUUCUGGAGACACCCUGCAUGCAGAGGACAGCUUAGCAGAAGAGGAGAACCAAGCAACGUUUCCAUGUACAACCAGCCUAACCGUAGAAAGCCCCUUAGAAAGGACAGAGCAAGACAAGCUUUGACCCAGCACGCGAGGUGCAGUAAGCUCAUUCACAGCAGAAAGGCUGGGACCAGUGCAGAAAAGGACCCAGGAUUUGUGAAGCAAAACCCAUCCCAUGACUGCAGGCAGAAGAGCAGCCCCAUGGCAGCCCGUCAAGGCCCGUCCGCCACUCCUCCCUCACUGUUCCCUGGUAGAGGCAUUCAUGGCAGGUUUGGCAGCCAGCACUGGCACUGGCCUUGCUCCAGCCCAGCAGCGUCCAGCCUCGUCCUGUCGCCAUCCGGUUGCAUGACAAGCAACUCUCAACCCCCAUGACCACCGAUUUUCUGUGGCUUCUCCCAAAUGGUCUCCAUGCAGCACAAGGGAUUUGGCAGCAUCUCUGCCCCUAUGGGCCUCCAGUAGAGGAAGAUGUGUCUCCCUUGCCUUUCCUCCUCUUGCCAUCCAGACAGCACUUGUGAGGGAGAAAAUAAAAGAAAAAAAAAAAGAAACAAAGACCCCAAUCCCACUGGGGAAGAAUGUAAAAAACCCAUGUGUCUGCGGGUUUCAUUUACUGGUAACUUUAUCACUGUGCUUUAAGACAAAACCAGCCAGGUGGUACUCAAACCUUCACAGCCAGCCCGCUGGCAGGACAUGGCUGUCCUUACAUAUUAAGAAGAGAGGAAAGUUAUAAAAAAACCAAAAAAGAUAGCUUGAGGGGUUUGGUUUGCUUUUGUUUAUUUAAAUAACUCCCCUUCCUGCCCCGGUUAGGGACCCGACUGUCCCCGUGGUGGGCGCCUGCAAUGGUGGGCGCCCCCAUGGCUGCUGGCCUGGCUCAGGGCUGGCAGCCCUUGGGCCCCAGCAGGGUGGCUCCGCAGCAGCAAGAGCUGCCUGUCUCCCCUCCGGCCCCAUCCUGCUGCCUGCCAGGGCUGUGUGGGAGGAAGAGACAGUGUCUGGGCCCUGAAGGGUGAUCAGGGCUGGGGCGCAGCAGCAGUGGCAUUUGCCCUGCCAUGUUGCCUUCCAGGUAAGGCCAGGGAAGGCCAUGGAAUUACACCCCAUCCUUCUGAGCCUUUUCCUGUGCUCCAGCAUAUGGUCACUGAUAGGACACGGGAGACCAGCAUGGCAUAGGGAUAAAAGCUUUUAAUAUACACAGCCACUUGCUGACAGGACAUCAUGACCCCCACCAGGCAGCACGUGGGUGAAGGAGCACUCACAGAGGCUGUGCCCAAAAGCACCUGGAAAACAUCCUCACCCUGUCCUCUCAAGGAAAUAAGAAGAGCGGCUCCUAGCUGGAGAGCACAUUGUAGAGCCUUGCUCUAAAGGCACUGCCAUGACUGCAGCCUGCCACAGGGGUCUGCAGCCACCCCAGCCUGCCCUGGCAGGCACUACUAACUUGAACACUGAUAUUCUGGUUACAGGGAUUUACGUUAUUUAUUUCCAUACCUGUCACGUACACCCCUAACCCAGCUCUACCCUGCGCUCCAGGCUGGCUGGCAAAAGCCCAGGAGCACCAUGGCUCAGGUGCCCGGAUGCCCGCACUGAGGGGUGAGGGGAGGCCGCGUUGGCAUGAAUCUGCGGGGGGUGGGGGGGAGUCACAGCAGCCAUGCCAGGGGCACUGCUGGUCCGCAGGCACGCAGCCAGCCUCCAGCUUGCCCGAGGACAGAGCCGUGACCAGCAGAAACAGGGAGCCUGUUUCAGUAGUUAGACAAAAGUGAGUGCAAAGAUUUUUAGAAAGAAGGAACCUAAAGGGUAGGAAGGUGUUGAUGAAACAGUGGAUGUGGGGAAACGUGCAAUAAGCAGCCUCCCGGGCCUUCACCACACCAGUGGGACUGGUUCCCUCCAUGCAGGGCAGGCUAAGGGGUACAUUUUAUUUUUCAAGAAACUCCAUCCAUGGGUACCAGUGCAGUGGUGUGAAUUCCCUUUUCACCCAUCAGAUUCAGAGUGUUUUAAUAUAUGACUGUGUUUGUUUUACUGUGGACCAAACUCUAGGAGUUAGCAGAAGCUGAAAGCAUCCCCCAGCAUCCAAGCUUAAAAAUUGGGGUUAAGUCCUGCUCCCAGCAUCAGUUGGCCUCCAGUUGUGAGCAGGGAAGAGGAUAGCAAGGCUCUCUCCACAGAGGGGGAAAAAAAAAAAUCAGCAAAAGCAGUUACAGUAACAACAAUCCUAACCUUUUGUUUUGUUUGACUGGUGUAGGUUCCCACGUACCUCUGUGUUCUUGUGUCAUUUGCAUUUCAUUGCUUUACUUUAAGAUGUUUUGUGUUCUGUUUAAAGAGAAGAAUAACUCAUUGUGAAAAAUUGGAUAACUGUGAUUGUGAAUAAAGUUGAUUUAGGUAUCCUGCA